UUUGAUUAUCAGUCUCCAGAAGCCCCUCUCUUGGCUCCUUGACAUGAGCACCAUAUAAGGCGCAGCGAUCUCCAUAGAAACGUGUCAGUUUCAAUAGGAGUGUCAAAGUUCACUUAUACAGACAUUCGUGCAGAUCCCCCGUUUCGGAAACAUUGCUUUGCUGGUCCUCCAGUUUAAGCGCAUUCAAAUUUUAAGUCUCUCCUUCUUCUUGCAUAUUCUAUUAAUUGUUGGUGUUUUUUCCCCUCUUCCUUUUUUCAUCUUUUUUCUUCUUCGUAUCUCCAUUCCUCCUGCCGGAGAGAGGUGAAACUAUACAUGGGCACUUCAUUCGCCGACGCGCUUUGCUUUCGCUGCCGGGCGAGAUGAUGAGGUUUAUUUAAGAAUAUAGAUGUAAAAAUCCAGCUCUUCAGUCUGUCCUCCCCGCUGUGUGGCGAAGACGGGAGCGUAAAGGAGCAAGGGGAAGAAAAGAGAAAGGAAUUUAUCUCCGCAGCACUUUGGAUCGCGUGUCUUUCCAGCAAAAGGUCUUCUUUUUUGACUCGCUCCUGCGUCCAUGUGAAGCGCUCCUGCUUUUUCCUUUGUGGCUAUUUUAUACCAAGCUGCAAUUUGUUACGACUGGACUCGGGUUUUCCAACAAGAUUAGGGAUUCCUGAAUGGCAGACUGCAAUUUACCUUGGAACUGGCCUCCCGAUACUUGCAUAUCCUGAUCGGGUGCCUCUUCAAUCGCCCUGCUGUUAUUUUGAAUGUAUUGAUCGCGCUCUGCUCUGCUCCAUACCCCCAUAUAAGAUUGCGUGCUCCGAUUUGACUUUGCACUGCCCCGUCUUUUGAGAACUAUAUUAUUUUUUUCUUCUCCUCAACGCUCCACUAACACCGGCGACCAUUUCGCUUUAUAGCACUUUCCGUGGCCGAGAUAUGGCAAUGGUAGUUAGCGUUUGGCGAGAUCCGCAGGAAGACGUGGCCGGAGGACCUCCGAGCGGUCCCAACCCAGCAGCGCAGCCGGCGAGGGAGCAGCAGCAGGCUGCGUCGGCGGCGCCGCACACUCCGCAGACCCCCAGCCAGCCGGGACCCCCGUCCACACUGGGGACCGCUGGGGACAAGGGGGGUCAAAAUUCUGGACAGAGUCAGCAGCAUAUUGAAUGUGUGGUUUGCGGAGACAAAUCGAGCGGCAAACACUAUGGCCAGUUUACCUGCGAAGGAUGCAAAAGUUUCUUCAAGAGGAGUGUAAGGAGGAACUUAACAUACUCAUGUCGUGCCAAUAGGAACUGUCCCAUUGACCAGCACCACCGAAAUCAGUGCCAAUACUGCCGGCUGAAGAAGUGUUUAAAAGUGGGGAUGCGCCGGGAAGGCCAGCUUUCUGGACGUGUUGUUACUCUUGAACAAUGUUUAUCAGUCCUGGAUGCACAUUUCCUCUUUUUCUCUCCAGGCCAGUACGCGCUGACGAACGGGGACCCACUGAACGGCCAUUGCUAUCUGUCCGGAUACAUCUCGUUAUUGCUGAGGGCCGAGCCCUACCCGACCUCCCGGUACGGGAGCCAGUGCAUGCAGCCCAACAAUAUCAUGGGCAUCGAGAACAUCUGCGAGCUGGCAGCUCGUUUGCUCUUCAGCGCCGUGGAGUGGGCAAGAAACAUCCCUUUCUUCCCCGACCUGCAGAUCACAGACCAGGUGUCCCUUCUCAGGCUGACGUGGAGCGAGUUGUUUGUGCUUAACGCGGCCCAGUGCUCCAUGCCUCUGCAUGUCGCCCCUCUGCUCGCCGCAGCAGGCCUCCACGCCUCCCCGAUGUCCGCGGACCGAGUCGUGGCUUUCAUGGAUCACAUCCGGAUCUUCCAAGAGCAAGUGGAGAAGCUUAAGACGCUGCACGUUGACUCGGCAGAGUACAGCUGCCUCAAGGCCAUCGUGCUGUUUACAUCAGAUGCUUGUGGCCUCUCGGAUGCUGCUCACAUCGAGAGCCUACAGGAGAAAUCCCAGUGCGCUCUGGAGGAGUACGUGAGGAGCCAGUACCCGAACCAGCCCAGCCGCUUUGGGAAGCUCCUUCUGCGGCUGCCCUCUCUGCGCACCGUCUCCUCAUCGGUAAUCGAGCAGCUGUUCUUCGUCCGCUUGGUAGGUAAAACUCCUAUUGAAACCCUCAUCAGGGAUAUGCUAUUAUCCGGGAGCAGCUUCAACUGGCCUUACAUGUCCAUCCAAUGAUCCCUAAUAUGAAAGUGGAAAAAAAAAGAGAGUGAGAGAGGAAAAAAAGGACCAAAAUUCAGCACCCCCUCACCCCGUCCUCCUACUCCUAGAAGAAGACUAUAUAUAGGACCUUUUCUGAACAAACUUGGAAGACAUUACUUUUUUCUGUCUUCUGGGACUGUGAUGAAAUACAUAAUGUACAGAAAAAUAUUGGAACUGGACUUUACACCUGUGUAAAUCCACCCCGUCAUCUUCAAGAACAGUACUCUUCAUUUUGUAAAAUACUACUCUUUAUUUUCCUUUUGUUUUUGUAAAAAAUACAAAUAAAAUGAAAAACAUCAUAUGCGCAGUAAGAAAAAAAGAAUCAAGACUUAGCGGGAAAAUAAUGUUUCCAAGCAAUUAUAAGAAUUGUCCUGUGUCUAUGUACUUCUCUGUUUUGUAUUUUUUCUGGUUCUAAACCAGGGUUUCUGUGAUUCUAUACUAAUAAUUUUUUGAUAUAACCUUUUGCUUCUUAUAAUGAGUGCGAUAUAUGUUGUCGAAGCUAUGUUCUCCAAGAAUUAAAAUUGAAGUGAGGAAUUAAAAACAGAAAAAUAAAGAAAUUUAGACAAAUAAGAAACAGUCAAAUCGCUAUGACAAUAUCACCACUGAUGGUUGAACUUUUUUUGCCCUAAUUGAAACGAUGGACUUGCAACAGCAGCAAAACUGACCUCCAGGUCAUUUUUACUGAGAGGACGUCUGGAGCGCCUUUGACCCCCCCCCCCCCCCCCCCCAUGAAUGCGCGUUGGAGUCGAUCAUCAGUCAAAGAGGAGAGACAUGAAAAUCAAAAGCACUUUUAAUAUAUCAUUUCAAAUACAUUUUGUUUGUUUCGUCUUGAAGAAUUUCCAUUGUUUCUUGAAUUUUAUUGGUUGUUGCCUUCACUUUGCUUACUCCAUGAUGCAGCUUUUUGAAGAAGGGUCGGUUGAUGAAGUUGUGUGAUGGUGACUGUACUAUUAAAAAAAACAGAAAUAGGCAACCA